AUGGCCGCCGCCGCCCUCGCCCGGCGGCGCCUCCUCCGCCUCCUCGCGUCGAGCCCGAACCGUAAAGCCCUCUCCCUCUCCUCCAGCCCCUCCCCCUCCUUCGACGCUCCGGCAACCGCCCGCCAGCGCGACCCCGAGCGCGAGGGCGACCUCCUCUCCCGGCGCCUCCUCCGUCUCCACUCGAUGGGCUCGGUCGCCGCCGCCAUCGAGGGAUGGGCCCAGAUGCGCGGCCGCGUCUCGCGGGCGGACCUCCAUCGCGCCGUCUCCCAGCUCCGGCGCGCGCGCCGCUACAAUCACGCGCUCGAGAUUUUAUCAUGGAUGGACUCACGCAAAGAUAUUAAACUAUCACCAUCGGAUCAUGCAGCUAGACUGGACUUGAUUGGGAAAGUACACGGUACUUCACAAGCUGAGGAAUACUACAACCAACUACAGAAACCUGCUUCUAGGGAAGCUGCGUCAUUCCCUCUCCUCCAUUGCUAUGUUGCUGAAAGAAAUGUUCAGAAAGCUGAGAACCUUAUGGCUAGUCUGCAGAGCGUUGGGCUGCCAGUUGAUCCUCACUCGUUCAAUGAAAUGCUGAAGCUUUAUGUUGCAACAUGCCAGUAUGAGAAGGUACAUAGUGUGAUCAAUCUGAUGAAACGGAACAAUAUCCCCAGAAAUGCUCUCUCAUAUAACCUUUGGAUGAACGCAUGUUCUGUAUCUGGUGUUGCCUCUGUACAAUCAGCGUUCAACGAGAUGGUUAAUGAUGGUAUGGUUGAGGUUGGUUGGAGCGCAUACUGUACAUUGGCCAACAUCUUCAGGAAGCAUGGACUGAAUAGUAAAGCCCUGGCUUGCCUCAGGACGGCCGAAACAAAAUUAUCAAGAACACAACGCUUAGGAUAUUUUUUUGUAAUGACAUGUUAUGCGGGUCUCAAUGAUAGCGACGGGGUUACGAGACUGUGGGAGGCUAGUAAAUGUGUCCCUGGAAGAAUCCCUGCUGCAAACUACAUGAGUGCUAUUAUAUCUUUGAUAAGAGUUGGUGAUAUUGACCAGGCUGAGUGGAUGUUUGGAAGCUGGGAAUUGGAGUGCUGGAAGUAUGAUGUGCGGGUUUCAAAUGUUCUUCUAGGCGCUUAUGUGAGGAAUGGCUGGAUUGAAAAGGCUGAGAAGCUCCAUCUCCAUGUGCUAGAGAAAGGCGGACACCCAAACUACAAGACGUGGGAGAUACUGCUGGAGGGAUUUGUUGAGAGUAACCAGAUGGACAAAGCUGUCAAUGCCAUGAAGAAAGCUUUAUCUUCAAUGAAGAGCUGUCGUUGGAGACCUCCACUCAAACUAGUUGAGGCCAUCGCAGCAUUCUUCGAGGAGCAAGGAAAUGCAGACGAUGCAAACAGAUACAUUAAGGUUCUUCAAAAGUUUAACUUGACAAGCUUGCCCUUGUACAAGUCCGUGCUCCGAACGUAUAUUAAAGCUGACACUGUGGCAACUGAUAUUGCUGAGAUGAUAGCAAGAGACCAGAUAGUUAUGGACGAAGAAAUGGACCACUUGAUCAUACGUGCUAGCAAGAUAGAUACCAGAUGCAAUGUGUAACUUUGAAAUG